AUGUUUCAACCGCUCAACAAGAGCAAAGUGGCCCCGGCCGUCGGCCAAGACCAAGUGUUAGUCGAGGAUAUUACGGAAGUCACCGGAGGACCAGUCUUGAGGCCGAAUCCGGCCACUUCAUUGGAACUCCAACAACUCAUACGUGUCAUGGAGACAAUGGCACAGACGAUGGCCACUCAAAAUGCUCAAAUAAAUGAGAGGUUUGAUCAAUGGUUAGACCAACAAAAUGGCCAAAAUGGGAACCAAGGGGCGCCUAAUCGAGUACCAGCGCUCGGGCCUCAAGUGCAGGCCCAACCAAAUGGCUUUGGAGUAAAUCCGCCCCAACCUAAUCCACCAACUGGGGGCAACCCACCCCCAGUGAUUAAUGUUCCGCCGAUGGGCAACAAUCCAUAUGCGGUGGUAAACCAAUUUCAAGUUUUUCCGCCAUAUAAUCAAUUCCGCCCGCAAGCUCACUAA